AGUCGCCUAAGCUGCCAGAGAGGCAGAAACAGUCCGGUAUAUCCAGAGGAAAUUUGAGAGGAAAAGAGCAAAAAACCGACUUUGAGGAGCAGUUGUACGACACCAAGCUGCCCGGUCAGACGUUCAGACACCCGACCUCUCAGAGCUCCGACGACACGUCCACCUCGCUCAGCCGCUCGCCCGUCUCCCUCAACAACAAGAGGCCUGACUUCAUCUUCCUGCCGGCGACCAAACAGCUCUAUGACGAUGAGACCUCCUCCUCGGUGUUUGGACUGAGGUCCAUCACCGACCCGUCUCCCUCUCCGUCGCCCUGCGGCUCGGAUCGCCCCCCGCCGGGUUGGAGCGGCAACACCUCCGCCAUCACGGGGCCUCCCGUCGCUGACAAACCACGCUGGCCGCCGGGGAGACGGCCGCCGGGGCAGUUCAUACCGCUCGACGUCACAGGUGAAGGGAGAGGAGGGAAAUUCCACGGUGUCGACCUCCUCCAGCACUCGCCCUCCCCCUCUCCAGGAGACCCUUACCCCCUCCAGCCCCGCUCCCUGGAGCCCGUCACGGACACUUUCCAGCAGAACCUCCCAUUGAGGAAGACCCUCUCUGACCUCGACACAACCUCACCUGCAGAUAACACUUUGGAGCAGCGUGCCGCAGACCAACUUCACCCAGGAACUAUGGACCACUCUGGGCUUCUGUGCUCAAACACACCGUCCGCUUCCUGGAACGGACCUAAGGGCUCCACCUUUUCUCCCGGAGCGUGGAACGAGCCUUACAAUUACACUAUGAACAAAGGCCCAGCCGUCCCGCCUAAACAGCACAGCAUCAUCGGAUCGUCGGGGGGAAGGUCGCAGGACGGGGUGAUGUUCGUGAAUUCAGGACAAUCAGGAGGGGGCUCACAUUCCAGUUCAUUCUCGUCCGUGACGAUGCCUUCUGGGAGAGGAGGAGGGAAUAACAUGCCGGGGAUUUCACUGGCGGCGGCGAUGAUGGGGAAGCGAAGCGAGACUGAAGGUGCGGCGGCGGAUGGAGGAAGAGGAGGAGGGGGAGGAGUUGGGGAGGGAGCAAGAGGGCGAGAGAGGUCGGCACGUUCAAUAGCAGCGGCAAACGCAUUCAAGUUUCGUGAGCGUUCCCUUUCUACGCCCACAGAUUCGGAUUCUUUCUGCUUUUCAGAAGUUGGUUUAGGACAGCCGGACGGGAGCGUCUUGCCGACAGGGAAUGGGAAUGCUAUGGGAAUAACAGACCACCAACAACAGCAUCAUCACUUCCUGGGUUUGGGUGAGAACUAUGCGCUCAGAUACCCUAGAGGGAGCUCCGAGGACAGCACCAGUACCACAGACACAAUCUCCGUCACGGCUUCAGACUACAGCGCCGACGGUCGCUUGCGCCUACGCUCCCGCUCCAUCUCGCUUAAGAAAUCCAAGCGCAAGCCACCACCCCCUGUGAGGAGCGUCUCUCUAAUGAAGAACCUUGGACAAGCUGAGGGGAGAAUCCACCACGAAGGCGGACUUUACCGGGAUGGCCGGCCAAAGAGCCUGCACAUCCCCAGGGAUCUUUUCCCGGACUUUCAGCCAGAUUUCCUACUGCCCAGUUCGUCCUGCUCUUCUAAACCAAUGGUUGUUGAGCGGGAUAUUGGCCAUGGAGGCGCUGAUGGACCUCCAAGUCUGGAAGUCCAAGCACCAGAGAGGGAGGGAGAUACAGAACUGACCUUCCCCACUCACUGGCAGCUGGGGGACUGGAAGAAUGACCCUUACAGGUCUCUUUCAGGCUCAAGCACAGCAACAGGUACCACAGUGAUUGAAUGUAUGAAAGUCAGAGGCAGUUCGGAGUCCCUGCUUGAUUCUCCCUCAACCUCCAGAGCAACAUCGCCCUCACAACUCUCCAUGGAAACUGACAUCAAAGCAUUCUCGCCCUUCAAACCCCCAGGACUUAUGUCGCCAUCAAGUGGCUAUUCCAGCCAAUCAGAGACUCCCACCCCUACUAUUCCACUCAGUCACAUGGCAGGUCACGGGACAUUAGGGUGUAAGUUGCGUCCGAAGAUCCCGGAGAGGAAAUCAUCUCUUCCGUCGCCCAAGGACCCAUCUGCAAGGUCUAGAUUGUCCUUUGAGAUGCCUGGGAAUGCACAUCUAGAGCUGUCAUCAAUCAGGCCAAAGCCAAAGGCCAGCAGAAGACAUUCGGACACCUCGACUGCAGCAAAACCCGGAAAAACCAGCUCCUCGCAAGCCUUGCCUGUUGUUACCCAGAAUGAGCUAAAGACUAUUCGACUGCGCUCUGUCUCUCGUGGUGACUUGGAGGACUGCCCUGAUGGGGCGUCCGACACCAUAGAAGAAGAACAGCAUGGCCGUGACUUAGGGGAAGACCCCAGCCCGCCACCCACCCUACCGAAACCCAAACCCCCUGUCGCUGUCAAGCCCCCGUUGCCAAAACGGCCCAUAAACCUACUCUUUAAGUCUUCUUCCCCUUCUUCCACUUCCCCCCAAGCUCUCGAAUCACCGCCUGGCUCACCUGUGGAUCGGCCUGUUCCCCUAGGCAACAUCUACAAAGUCAUGAGAAAACCCAAACCCAAAAGACCUUCACCACAAGCAACAAGUCCCUCUGUUCCACCAGAUUAUUCCACUUAUGAACAUUCAUUCCUGCCCCAGUCCCUCUAUGACCUCCCUCCUCUUCCAGACCCCCAGCCUCUUCUGGAAGACCCGGCAAUGGAGCCCGAUUUCGAUGUUUACCCAGAGAUUCGUCCUGGUCCUGGGGACGGAGGCUCACUCCCGUCUCCCUUCAGUAACGAGGAGGGCCCAGAGCUCCAGGACAAGAGCAAGACCCUCCCUUCAAGAAUGACAAUCUCCUGUCUGUCAGAGCUGUCAGACAAAAAGAAACCCAAGGUUCCCCCUCCAGUCCCGAAGAAGCCGAAUGUCCUUCUUCUUCCCUCAACGGUCCAUUCCUCGACCAAUGGGAGCACAGACCGUCAGACCCCUCAGGCCGACAGUCCUGUGGGUCUUCGCUCUCCCGUAGGAACGUUCUCACCGGAAGAGUUUCCCAGUUCUCCUAGUGUUCUCGAUAUGCUAGAACAAGAUGAGAACCACUUAGGAACCGACGAGGAGAGUUCAAAAGAGUCAUCGCUUCAUUCGUCUCUGCAGGAUUCCUCCCUCACAGAGCUAGGAGGGAAGAUGGCCAGCACUGAGAUUGGAGCAGAUGACUCGGCAGCUGACGAGAAGACGGUACUCCACAUCGCAGAGGAAACAGAUGAUGACAUGUUGCCCAGCACACCUGCAGCACACACCACAGAAGACCUGUUCACGAUCAUUCACAGGUCCAAGCGGAGGGUUCUUGGUCGUAAGGAACCGACGGACUCUUUCGGCAGCCGGCAGAGUCUUGUAUCUCCGGUGAAGCACAGCAACAGCGGCAGCGACAUCCGAAACAUGACCUUAGGCAGUCAGAGGUCCAGCUCCCGUAACGAGAACUUCAUGGCCCUGCUUCAGAAGAAAGGCAGCAAGACUUCCGGCGGAGGAGCCAGAGUCUCUGCUAUGGAGCUUCUCAAAAGCACAAACCCUUUGGCACGGCGGGUCACAGAGUUUACGUCUACUUCACCGACAGCUGGCGAGGGAGGAGAGUACGGAAAACCCCACGAUCAGUGAAGUUAACCAGGUUCGUUGGCUCUUGAGAAAGCUACCAGCCAAUUCUACAAUGCGCCACCCACUGAAGAUGGGGCCUUCUGACCAACCAGAUCGCUCCAACUACUGAUCGACCAUUUGCACUGUCCAAUCGAUUUGGAGCACAUUUUUGGACCAAAUGUCCCCCUACUAUGGUUGAAGCGCUAUCGUUCAUUGUCCAAUCAGUCCCUCUACGGAAGGAAGAAAUCUGUGGAGAGCGAAAGUUGUUCUCACUUUAUUUUUAAUAAAAGAUGGAGAUUUUAAAGUUAUGCUUCACAACUUCAUUGGGGAAAUGCUCAGUGCGAAGGCUGGACGAUAAGAUGGAUCGUUGGAGCAGAGAAUAUAAGGAUAAACGGUGGAUAUCUUUACUCCUGGCUCCACUUUGGUGAAGACAUCAAGGGUCCAAGAUGAAGACAGAGGUUAUUAAUGAAUCCUUAAGCAGUUAUAUUGAUCCUCAAAGGUACCACAGUAAUCAAAUAAAAUAAUAAUUGGAAUAAAACACAAAAGUUGACUUCCAAAUGAUUCGUCCAUUAUUCAACCAAAACCCUCCAACCAGUAGCGCUACGGCGACGACGCCAGUAGACCUACAUGAAUGAAUUGAAAGGUAAAUAAUGAAUGGAGAUGAUGAGGCACCCGAAAGCCUAAACAUGUGGGCAUCAUAACUCUCCUUCUCCUCCUGGUUGCUGCAAUACCGUAGGAGGCAUGAUCAUUUUCAGAGAAACUGAACCGUCUUAUUUUGGCGAACGACGCGCAGGAUUUACAAAGAAAAACCACAUGGGGGCUUUUUGCCACCAAAGAUGACGCAUGAGCAUGUCACAGAUUAUUAUUUUUUGGCUGAAUGUGAAUGUGGACCUUUUACAAAACAUUCCACAGAGGCACCCUGCAAAAGGAGGGACAUCUUGGGACGUAAGCACUUUCUUUUUAACUCGCCGACGGAGCGACGUUUCCACGGCGCAAUCGAAACUCAUCAAUCCUUAUUCGAUCAGUCUUUUGUUUUUCCUUAAUCUUUUUUGUUCACCAUGCUAGAUGGCCAUAUACUGUACAUGUUUCAUUGGAUUGUACUAUAUGUAUCAUGUACAAAGAUAAAUGUAUCGCAUCUAUCAACGGAUAUCAUCUGUUUGCGGACACAAAGACUAACAAUAGUGUACGGAGCAGCAAGCAGCUUGGACUACAAACUGCACACACCAUGGAAGGAAAACACACACCCAAACACACACACAUACGGACCAAGGACUAAUGCCAUGGAAGACAGAACAGACCAGAACAUUGUGUGUGUGUGUUCGUAGGAGUGUGUGCGCUGGUAAAAUCUAGCCUGUGGAGUUUCUGUACGGAGAGCAUGAAGCAGGCCUGGUUAUAAAACAGGGUCUUUAUUCAUUGUUGGUCUCUGGUGACGGGACCAAGAAAGGACUGUUAAAAACUACAAACAGACCAGAGGGGACCUAGCGGUGUGUAUGUGUGUGUAUUUUUGCGCUUGUGUAUGUGUUCAUGUGCGUGUAAUGAAGGGAAGUGCCAAGAAAAAAAGCGAGAAGGAGAGAGCGUCAAUCUCCAUUUGCCUGUUUAUGUGUUUGCCAUUUUUGGGCCCAUACUAUGUGUGUGUGAGUGUGUGUGUCGCUGUGUGUGCAUCGUCACCCUGCAGUCCUUUCUUGAAGUAGGAUUAGCAUGAAGUUAGCAACCCCCGCUACAAAUAUACACACAUUACAAACCAAUGGUUUACAGGAGCAAUGACUGACAGAGUUUUGAGUUCUGAAAAUAGGUAUUAUUAUCACUUUGUCACCCUAGAUCAUUACGGCCCUAGCCAGAAUCUUUCUGUCCACACUGUCGCUAAGUUACGUUCUGAAACUGUGUUACCCUCCUUUGCGCACAUUUGUCACACUCUGGCUGUGGUCGAAUGGCUCCAUAUUGCUUAGGACGGUUCCUAUCGGAGUAACUGGGCCGUGUCUAAGUUGAUGCCUUGAUAAGAGCAGGUUGAGUUCCUUGAACCCUUAAGAAAAGGAGCUUCAAUGCUUCCAUUCAUAUGUACUUAAGGUGCAUCCUUAAAGGUGGGGUAGGUCAUUUUGGAGAAAGCAGCUCGAGUGCGCUAGAAUUUGAAAAUACACAACCGGAACAAAUCUACCACUUCCUUCCAGAGCCCCUCCUCCAACACACACGAACGCGCACAUGACCAAUGAGGGCACGAGAUAAGUUUGUGCCCAGAUGGAAGGCUGACAGGCAGGUAGGCCAUCCAGUUACUUUAGCCGGCUCAGAUGAUUGGUCGUGCUUUUCACAGUACCACGGCUUCCACUGAUGACAUUUUGUUAUGGAUUUGUUGUCAAAGCACUUCAGAUAUUCAUUGCUAUCGGGAUGUUAAGAGCAUUCCAUGGAAUAUAACAAGUGUAUCUCGAGCCGGUUUCUCAAACGUACCUACCCCACCUUUAAGGAAUGAAAAAGGUGAAAAUGCACUAUAGCAAUUAUAUUCGCGUUAGGGUUAGUAGAUGUUUUGGAUUAUUAUAUUGGCUAUAAUGAGUUCUCCUUUACAUCGUUGUUUGACCUCAUGAUGUUUGCAUCAAGGUCAAAGAGAAGUGGUUAGGAAAAGGAAAUUGUUUUGACUAUUGGGCCACAGCCUCUGCCACUUUCGUUUAAGAGGUGAGGUGGCAGCCUGUACCUCCUCUUCCUCCUCCUCCUUUAAUCACUACUGGAGCUCUCAGUCCAUCUGUCUCUCUGCGUCGAGCAUCAUCUCUCCUUCUCUCUCCUGUAACCUCUUGUUUUGGCACAUACAGUACAGUAGCACUCUCUCUCUCUCUUCGCCCAAAUACUGCAAACUCUCUCUGCUUUUGCACAUAACGCCACCUUUUGAUCGCUUCCUCUGUUAACCUUCUCUCCGUCCCCCAUGUUUCCGUUAACCUUCGCCUGCCCCUCUUUCCUUCCCUCCUUCUCUCUGCAUUCAGUCUAUGCAUCUGCAGGCGACACGACACCGGAUGAAUGUCAAUGAAUGACUGUUAAGAAAAUAGAUGCUGUGCUUUGUUUGUGCUUUGCAACAAAAAAAACAUCUUUCUAUCAAUGCUUUCAAUCUUCUGCCUUCUCUCUCUCUUGUUCUGUGUUUUUUAUACUUUUUCCUUUGAGUAUCCAUGGAGUAAACAUGGAUGAAUGAGUGGAUGUGCACAAACACAGAAACAGGCAGGGUUUGAAUGUGUUUUUUUUGCAUAAAGGACCUUUACUUUUGGACUGUGAACGAAACGCCGUGUGGUAUUUGACCCCUCACCGCCCUCCAGUUCUGGAUCAGCGUGUGGACAGUCUGAGAAUGUUUGGAUUAGCAGCGGUUCAGCUCUUACACCUGACUUAUCCCCUGCAUGGAUGGAUGUGUGGAGGGAGGAGGGGUCCUUCCAUCUCUGGACUGGCAAACUAUCCCUCGGUGCUAUUGAGUCAGAGCCCCCCCUAGUGGGUGAAAGAAGGAAUAACCACACAUAAGACAACAGGAGAGUAAAAAAAAAGAACCGCCUUCACAUACAUCUCUCUUCCUAGUCCUUCAGGUAUUCCAUCAUCCUGAAAAAAAAGAUUUUAAAAGUGCAUAAAUUAUCAUGAUGACUAGUCAAGUGACGCUUGUUUUAAAUAUUUAGUGAAUGAAAAAAACUGUGUUUGUUUGCCUUGUAUACUGAAUUAUGGGCGUGUUGCUGUAGCGCCUAUACUGUGUUCUUAUUUUAUAUUAUUACGAUUUUUUUUUUCAGCUGCCUUGGUAGUACACACACACACACACACACACACACACACACACACACAACCUUGCAAACCUUUGUUAAAACGAAAUCGCCCCGUUAAGACAUGUUUGGAAAUCUGGUGCCUCGAGAUAACUGACCAGACACAUGCUAGCCAAAAUCUGAACUGAACCCAGUUAAUUAAGCUCAAAGUACAGCAUGGUAACAGACUGUGAACAGAGACAGGAAAUGAGUACAGUGUUAGGAGGGAGCGGACAAUAAUAACAUGAACCGAUUGUUAUGAAGUCACAUGAGGUGUGCGUGACACGUCAAAACAUGUGGUUGUUAAUGGGUAGGAUUUAUCAUUUUCAACGAGUUUUUAGGAUAAACUAACCUCAGCGUUGUUUAACUUCCUGUGGAGACGAUAUAUAUUCAACAUGGCACAUUUGGUUAGUAGUAAAGCUGCAACCAUUAGUCCAUUUAUUGGCUAGUAGAUCAAUUGAAAAAUAAUAGCCAAUACAUUUUUAAUUGACAAUUGAAGACAUUUCAGUGCAAAAGUAGCUGAUUUCAGCCUCCUAAAUAUGAAGUUGUGUUGCCUUUUUCAGUUUCAUAUCAUCUUAAAGUGAAUAUUUGGCUUUUAGACUUGCAAAACAAGACAUCACUUUUGACUUUUAACUAUUUUCUGACAUUUUAUAGGCCAAACUAAUUUUAAACUGAAAUUCAUCCAGCUAAAAAAUGGACUAAUUGAUAAUGAGAAUGACUGUUUGGCAGCACUAGAACAGAAUAGAGGUACAAGUAAAGAAAGACACACAUGGGUACACUGGUAAAAAGCGUGCUACCCCCUGAGGAUACAAUCAUUUAAUAUUUAGAGAAAUAUGUAAUUUCUUUACAGUUUUCAGAGGCAGAGUUGCACUGGACGCAGAAAUACACUUAUUGGUUAGAUUACUGCCAACUUGGUGCCAUAUUUUUGAUACUUUUUAGAUUUUACUACCAACAAGCUCACAGACAAUUGGAGCAAUUAGUCUUUAGUGUAUUUGGUUGAUCCUGUAGCUCUUCACAUACACACAAUUACUAACCAAUGGGAAUAUGUCUGCCAUAAGAGCAACUCUGCAACCAUGAAAGUUCUGUAUUAAAUUGCACAUCUCUGAAAAAGUUGACAACAUAUUAUAUUGAAAAAUGACAUUUAUAUAGAGUGUGAAAAGAGUGCUGACACUAGAAAUAUAUAUUGAAUAUUUAAUCCCUUCUUCAGGAGGAGGGGAGGUGGAAACGAGGGCGUGGAGCAAAGGUUUGAUUCGGCUAAACGUGGGGAUUACCACGCCGAAAAUUACACUUCCUCCGUCAACGUUUCCUCCACCUCUUCCUCCUUUCUUCUCAGCUGUCGUGUGACUCAGCGAGUAAUCAUGUUCAAAGCUUUUCCCUCUCUCUCACUCUCUCUGCCCUGCAACGGGAUGAAAGGAGAUCACUUUUUAAUGAAUUCCUUUAUUUUAUUUUAGUUGCAGAUUCAGAGAAACGUUAAAGUGUUAAGUUGGAGCGUCAAAAAAUAACUUUUCUCCGAAGCCAACAUAAAGAUUUAUCUGAUGUUGGUUUGAAGAACCUGUUUACAGUCAUUUGUUAAAGACAAUGAAUAGAGCCACUUAGAUGACACGAAAUACAACCCAGAAUAAACAAAUCAAACAUCCCUUCUUUGAUCCAAACAAAGUCAACCACCAUUUUUGCAGAAACAGCUUUAAAUAAGUCAAUUGUUUAACCACUUUUUUGACAAAUAUAUCCCAAAAAAGCACAAAUGCUUCAAAAUAAUAAAUGUUUGAUCCCAGUUUUAAGACGGUUCAUUAAAAAACAUGCGGUCCAGCUUCAUGAGAGAGUGAAAGACGGUGGAAAAGAGAAAAGAGGGGUGACUGUUGCAUAUUUGGGCCAAAGAGUAUCUUGCAUUUGUUUGUCAGGGUGUGCCAGACGGGUGGGGUUAACAGUGUUUGGACGUUUCAGGGGUACUUUGGAGUAGGAAUGAAACUGAUGUCUCUUUUGCCGCUAAACCCCACCCGCCUGUCACGCCAAGUUGAGUAAAACAAACCCGCCCAUGGGUCUGUACAGGCAGCUUGUGAAGAGAUAAGAUAAUUAGAAAGAGAGACAGACAGAGCUAUUGGAAUUAUUCUAUUUUUGUUAUUCCUCAUUGAAAAAGACAUAUUUAAAGGAAUAUUCCGUGUAUGUAUUGAAUAACCUGUUCCCCCCAUCCAGUGGUGUGUAUCUGCGAGGAGGCGUCACACACAAACGCUUCCCCCCGCAGCCAUGCAUCGCCAAUGUGAUGAAAUUAUUAUAUCAGUAUAAAUAAAUUAUUUUUUCUUGCUUAAAAAAAA